AGGGAAUUUAUUAGUUACAUGAACCAAAAUAAAAAAUAAUAUUUUUACAGCUGUCGCUUAAAUUAUUUUUUACAUUUGAAUUUGUUUAUUACAAUGGCAGAUUUAGCGAAAUUUGAAAAAGCAGCAUCAGAUGUCAAAAAUCUAAAAAAGAAACCAGAUAACAAUGAAUUAUUAGAGUUAUAUGGUCUAUUUAAGCAAGCCACAGUAGGUGAUUGUAAUACAGAAAAACCAGGUUUACUUGAUAUUAAAGAAAAAGCUAAAUGGGAAUCUUGGAAUGCUAAAAAAGGUAUGACUAAGGAGAAUGCUAUGAAAGCUUAUAUAAAAUUGGCUGAAAGUCUUAUUAAAAAAUAUGGAUUAAAAGACUAAAACUGUUACCAAGCAAUUGUUUUAUAUUCACAUUAAUGUUUAGCUCAAUAUAUCAUUCUUUAAACUAAAAUUUUUAUAUUUUAUGUAUAUCAUUUAAUCUAUUAUAUCUAGUCCAUAAAUAAAUAUUUCAUAUUGUC